GUUGUUAUUGCCAUGGAUAACUGGACAGCAGACUCGAGCAAAGCAUUGAAUCUUUCGCUGGUUCGUGCAUCGCUGGACAACGAAGUCCUGACGAGCGACGAGUCAUACGAGGAAUUUCACCCUACAUUUACGUAUCCAAUAUAUGGUGAUGACGAGAAGAUAUAUGGAUACCGGGACUUGGUUAUUGAUCUUAGAUUCGCGUCUGGUUCCCUUGUGCCAUAUUUGAACACAAACUUCUCGGCAAAGCUACAAUCAACUUCAACAGUGGAUGAUGUAGAAGGCACUCUACAACAGAUCCCAUGCAUUGCGUAUUACCUUAAAGACGAAGAGGAGUUCCUAGCACGCGUCGAAAAGGAUUCAAUGGAAUUCAAGCCUCUUGGCGAAAAGAUAUUCUCAUACAAGAGAAGCCCUUCAUCUUCCAAAGGAAAGAAGAAAGCUUUCGAUUUUGGUGAAGAUCUAGAUGAGACAAGUGACGACGUCGUCGUUUUCGAAGCAUAUCAUGUACGCUCUCCUGCUACUUGGGAUACACUAGGCUUCCGGGAAUAUCAUCGCCGGAUGCAAAUCUUCAUCUUGCUAUAUAUUGAAGCAGGCUCGUUCAUCAAGGAAGAUGAAGAGGGAUGGGAGUUUGUCGUUCUAUAUGAGAAGCGAAGGCGACGGGACGGGACGCAUACAUACCAUUUCGUUGGCUAUUCCUCCCUUUUCCCGUUUUUCUGCUUUCCAGAUAGAGUGAGGAUGCGACUUAGCCAGUUCGUCAUCGUUCCGCCUUUUCAGCACGCCGGACAUGGCUCUGCCUUGUAUACUGCCAUAUACCAAUACGUCCUCGGCCAAUCCCGUAUUGCAGAACUGACUGUCGAAGACCCAGCAGAAGCCUUUGAAGACUUACGAGAUCGAAAUGACCUGCAUAUGCUCCUUGGACUCGAGCCCUUUAUCACUGAGGCUCUGGGAGGUCCCCGAGAAAGUGGGCUGGUAAGGGGUAAAGCAAGACUCGGUCCACCUGUAGAGAAAGGAUGGGCGGAGAAGUGGAGACAAGAUUUGAAGAUCGCUGGGCGUCAAUUCCACCGCCUAAUUGAAAUGCUCAUCCUCAAGCAUAUUGAUCUAUCUGAUUCCAAAGCUGUCCGUGCUUACAGAUUGCAGGUCAAAGAGCGAUUGUACAAGUUCAAUUAUGAAAUCUUGGCUCAAUUAGAAAAUAAAUCAGACAGAUUGGAGAAGCUCGAGGAAACGUUCCAGAGCGUCAGGGAAGAUUAUCGGAGAAUAUUGGCUAUGAUUUAAUACAUCUGUGUUGUGUUGGUUCUACAAUCAUGUUAUCUGAUACUUGUACACAUUGCGAUAUUCAAGGCUAUCUGACGGAUUGACGAAGGGAAACAACGAAAACAAGUGCUAAAAGCACUGGUACGAAUUGUCAUUCUUUGACGAUUCG